GUUAGUUGGCUCAGUUCUCAUUCAAAUCGCUCACAGUGCGGAACGCGAAAGUUGUUUUCUGCCUUCGCGUCCAUUGUCAUCGGUCGCGGUGGUUGUGGGCCACGGUUUUGGCUCCACGCAAUUGAAAAACGCUAGUAAUUGGUUGAUUCGAACGGUUUAAAGCACCCACUAAUUGUCACCACUAACGAAUUCGUGCUUUAUGUCCACCCGUUGAGAAGUUGUUCUGAGGAUAGGUUGAAUGUGAGAAUGCUCAACUGCUGAAGGCGAUGUUUAAUAAGGGCGCAUAGUAGUCUAGUGGUAUGUAGUGCAGAUCUCCCCAUCGUGGGUUGCUAUGUUUUAGCCACCGCCAUCUUGGGUAUAACUCGAAACCAUGGCCUACUGAAGACACCGAGUGGUUGGUUGGGGUAUGUUGUGUUCGUUGCGUAUGUGUAUGCAAGUAUGGGCUGAUGUUAAAAAUAAGGCAACACUAUUCGGUGAAGGAUGUUAGCGGUGUGAAAUAUUUUUCAAUGAAAUCGAAGGCCUAAGGUCAAAAUGUUACCGUACUGCAUACUGUGAUUGGAAUGUGUGCACUGGCCAAGGUAUGGGGGAACACAAAGUAAAAUCAAUGAUAAUCGUCGAGAGGAAACACCAAUACGGUGGUGCGAAGUGGAGUGGAAGUGGAGGUUAUUGAUUUUCGCUACAUUUUCCGGCGCAAAAAGUGUGAGAGCAAAGGCUACAAGAAAGGAAAUGUGGUUGCAUGACUCGAGCCCUAAUGUAGCGUAGAGGGUGGCUGUCUUUUUGGCCCUUUAUUGUUCCCCCAAAUAGCGUGAAAAACAACACAACUAGAAGUAGUGUAUAUCGGUUGGAUGAAUGUUGGACGAAAAAACUUCCAAGUUGUUUUAUACAAUUAUUGCAUGGAGAAUAGCUGAUAAUAAGAAAAAUUGGAUAAGGGAAAAUGAAUUAUAAAAACAAUAAAACAAGCAAAUAAUCCAUAUAAUUUGCCGGACAAGACAAGUUGUUUGCUGUGGAAGAUAAGGGUGAGCACCACAAAAGGUGAAGAAAAUAGAAAACGACUAGCGCGAGUGCGAAGACCGGUAAGCAAAGUGCAAAAAGCCCACACGGCGACAACACCAACCGUGACGACGGGAUGGCAUUGCCUUCCGAUGCCAGCGGUGAGCGAUUGCAGUCACCCUUUUGAGGAUCGCGUGCAAGAACUUCGACCACUCCGAUGUACGUAACUAGCGGAGGAAAAUCGAUAGAAGCAUCUCGUCACAAUCUGAAGCAAAUGUGUGCGGUGUGAUCAACAUCAAGCUCUGUUUGAAAUUGCGGUGCAUCGUCCGAUGUUCAUAGAAGUGUUUCAUUUAAGAGUGAAAAAGGCAAAGGGUAUAAUUAUGAAAUCCUGCCGACCGAGGGGAAAAAAUAAUUGAUUGAAAGUUUCGUGAUUGAUGUUGGCACCUGCCGAAAUUCAGUGCAGUGCACAAGUUGAAGAGCUUCGCAUUUUUCGGCAUGUUUUUCGCGGAUACAUAACGUGUGAAUAAUUCAUCUUUCAGCUUUUGUUCACAACGAAUCUAUUCAAAGGGGUCCGAUCGAUUGAAAGUGAAAAUGGAAGCAAUCGAAGGCGCCAAUAGAUUCACCAUUGAAACCGACAAAAAUUCAAAAAGAAUAAUCAUAGAAGUGGCAGAAACGCCUCAAGGUUGGCUCACGUCUCAAAGUGUCUAAAUAGAAGAAGCGCAAAUAAGCACACAUAAAUUUGGUGCUCAAGUAAUGCAGUAAUUGUGAAUUGAAGUGUAAGUGCUGAAUACAAUCGAAACAAAAAAGGGGUCGUUGUUCGUUUGGGGCAAAGGGCGUGGGGUUGGUGCGAUAGUUUUGGCUCACUUCGAGCAAGCAGCAUAUACGCAUCAGCGAAGAUAUGGAGUACAGUAGAGGAGAAACCACUUCCACCGGUAGUACCGGGCCGCAGCAGCAGAUGGCGCGGAUUGAAGAUUACAGCAACGUGAGCACGUCGAUGCAGAAUCUAGCGAAAGAUGAGCCAGAUAAUUUAAAAAAGAGCAUGAUGUCCAUCCAGGAGGAGCUCGACCAAAUGGGCAUCAAAAACGACCAACCACCCGCCUACUCGCAAGCCAUCGCCGGAGACGACGUCAAUGGCACGGACAGCAGCGUUGACAAUGACAACGUGUGCCAGACGGGGUGGCCUAACAUGCCGGGGGCCAUCCCGGGAGUGGCAAACAAACCGGCCGGGUGGAUGGACGGACUAUUCGGGUGCAUGCGACCGGUGCUGUCGCUGAUCGGCAAGAGCCACAUUAUGGAGAUGAAGAGCAAACAGACUGAGGACUGGGAAAUCCCCUUCGAAACCAUCACCGAUCUGGUGUGGCUCGGCAGUGGUGCGCAGGGGGCCGUUUUCCGUGGGCAACUGCGCAACGAAGAGGUCGCCGUCAAGAAGGUCCGCGAAGUGAAGGAAACCGAUAUCAAGCACCUGCGGAAAUUGGACCACGAGAACAUUGUGAAAUUCAAGGGUGUAUGCACCCAGUCGCCAGUGUUUUGCAUAAUCAUGGAAUUCUGUCGCUACGGGCCGCUGCAUCAAAUACUGGGCGGCGGCAUGGACAUCAUUUCGCCGCAACGGUUGGUGUCCUGGUCGCAGCAGAUCGCGCACGGCAUGCAGUACCUCCACUCGCACAAGAUCAUCCAUCGAGAUCUGAAGAGUCCCAACAUUCUGAUUGGCGAAGACGAGGUGAUCAAGAUUUCCGAUUUCGGAACUUCGCGCGAGUGGAACGAGAUCAGUACAAAAAUGAGCUUUGCCGGCACGGUCGCAUGGAUGGCGCCGGAAGUGAUCCGAAACGAGCCUUGCAACGAGAAGGUCGAUAUCUGGUCCUACGGGGUGGUCCUGUGGGAACUGCUGACCUGUGAAGUGCCAUACAAGAACGUGGACUCGUCGCAGAUCAUCUUCGGUGUGGGCAACAACUCCCUCUAUCUGCCAAUCCCUACCAGCUGUCCCGAGGGUUUCAAACUGCUCAUAAAGCAGUGCUGGAGUCCCAAGCCUCGAAACAGGCCCUCGUUCAAAAUCAUUCUGACGCACCUGGAGAUCGCUGGCCAUGAACUGUUGCGACAAUGCGCCGAGGAGCAGGGAUACUAUGAGACGCAAAAAUCUUGGCGGGAAGAGAUUCGCAGCCAUAUGCAGAAAUUGACGAGCAAUGGGAUGAACAUUCAAAAGUACGAACAGGAGCUGAUCAAGAAACGGAAGGACGAGUGGAAGCAUGCGCAGGAUAUCCGUAUGAUCUACGAGCGGAAACUGGAAAGGACAAAUACAAUGUACCUGCAGCUGAGCGCAAUAUUAGUUCAGCUGGAACAAAAGGAGAGGGAAAUUGCAGAACGCGAGAAACAUUUUCCCCACAAGCCCCGUAAAUGUAGCAACCUACUCAAGCGCAAUGCAGACAAAACCUGUCGAAAACGUUCGGCAUUUAACAUCGCGUCAACGAUUCUUAGCCCAAGCCAUCCGACGCAUGCCCAUAUACCACUCCCAACGGGAACGCAGGUCGUUCCGGGUGAAUCCACUACCCCUAGUCCAACAUCGGCCCCAAACACUCCAAUGAAGGCCACCCUUUAUGCUCAAUUAGAUGGUACGAAUCACAGCCCCAAAUCGGUGGUCAUUAUCCCUCCCGGGGUGGUGGCAUCCGGUUCGAACUCAGCCGGACGAACGAAAAAAUUUCGUCACAGACGGGUCGGCUCCGGAACAUUCAAUUCUCCCAAAUCGAGCCCCAGCCGUGACCGUCGGGUUCAAAGUGAACCGGAGACCCGUCACGUAAAACUCGUCGACACGGAAACGCAAACUGACGCGAUGGAUAUUAGUGAGACUGAUGCGAGCCCUAGUCCCAACUUGGCCUCGAAACGAAUGUCGACCAGCUUACGAGAAGAGGAGGAUGAACUUGAAGACCGACUUAAAGGGGAUCCGCACCCGGAUUUAAAUCCAGUGCAGCCACAAACGCCACCACCACAAGCAUACCGUUGUGGUAAACCCCAAUCCGAAGACGACGGAGAAGUGCCUGAAGAUGAGGAGAACGGAAACUCAAUCUCUACCCCUAUGACGAAUAGCCGCAGCAGCGAUAUGCUGACGAGUAGUAACCACCAACAACCCCAUCAGCUUCGUGACUUGGACGAUGAGGACAUGGAGGAAGAAAAUGUAUGCUCAAGCCCGGAUCCGAUUAUGGAUGCGAUGAAUAGCAAUGAACGAUUGGAUCGUGACUGCAGCGAUGAUGAUAAGAUUGACACGUUGGACCGAAAAGUAAGCUUCAUUUCGGAGAAAUUGCAGCAGCAAAGCGUGAGCUCAGGAGGAGUUGGUGGCCACGUGGCGCAACAACUGACGGACUACAGCAACAUCCUGAACGACAACAACGUGAUUGUGUAUCGCGCCAACAAGAUGCUAAACGGCGGUAGCUUCGGUAAGGGAAGCAAACGGUUAGAUAACGGAGGUGCCAUUCUGAUGAAGCAUCCGACGGCGGGAGGCAAUUUGAAUGCGGGAGGCAGCGCUGUUGGUGCUUACGUGUACAGCGGAAAUGGAGUGGUGGAAGACCAUUUGGCGAGGCAAAACGAGGAACAGUGUAACGAUAGCUGGACGGACGAGGAGGGAGAAGAUCCCAUUGAACUGUACAACUACGCGCUGCGACGAAAGAGCAUUGCUCGACUUCCCAUAAAACGUGGCCGUCGGAACAAAUUGUCCCCGAGCUCUGCACUCGCCCCCAAUUCCGUAUCCGCCCAGGGUUAUCAUCAUCCACCCUCCCCAUCGUCCAGUGCUUCUCCGUCCUCUGUCGCCGUUGCUGGUGAUGCUGCUGCGGUUGCUUCCAUCGUUGGAUCUAUUGUGCACAUAAAACACGCAUCCAAUGUGACCAUCUCGGAUGAGGACAACACCUCUGAGUACAGCCACGCUCCGUCCAGCCAGCGAUCGACACUGGAGAGCAAUCCAGAGAUGCCCUCGGCUAUCAUCAAACAUCAUCGGAUCAAGCUGCAGCAGCAGACCAUGCAAAAGAGCACCACUUCGGCCAAGGAUACCGACGAUGAUGACGACGACGACGACGAUGUCGAUGAUGACGACUCGAUCAACAACGACUCCGGUGAGUCCAGCUCAGACGAGGAUAACGAAACGGCUGGGCAAGGCAAAAAGUUCCGCCGCGCCGACAAGGACGUGGAGAACGGCAAUAGUUACUAAGAAGACUGUGUAAGCGCGGGACGCGAAAGCGAGUGUGAUUUAUGAGAGAUCUUUCUUUUGUUGUCUACCUACAGCAAACUGUGUUGAGAUUAGUUGUUAAUUUCUUGUACUCUCUGUGGAGCAAUACUAUGUUUAAGAUUGUUUUCGUUCGUAAAUGUGUCCAUUCCCUGGGGUUUCGGUCCAAAGGAACGAAUCCCCUUUUCUCUGUUCCAUUCCGUUUCAGCAUUGUGAGAAAAGACUUUAAUAUAUAAUAAGCGAUAUUACGCCGAAUAAUAUUACCUUUAUUAUAUAUUAAUCGAGAUAUGAUGAAUGUGAGCAGUAAAGUAGGUAGAGAUUAGGUGUCGAAAAAAUACAGCAGGAAUUAUGUUAAGGGUAAUAUAUUGUAUUGAGAAAAUACGGGCCUAUCGGCUCUUAGUGAGGGCUGAAGUAGCAUAAUUAAGCUACCCUAAAUUGUAUGAAAAAUACCUACGUGAGAGUUCUAUUCCCUCAAAUUGUGUAAAUUAUUAGUUUUUACAACUCUGAGUUCAUGAAAGUGAUACAAAUCGUGAUUAUUGUUUGUGUACAAGCCUAGAGAUACGCAUGGGAAGAAAAUCGAGUGAAGUGUAAAAAUAAAUUAUAGAAGCUAAAUUAUAAACGAAAGGCAUAUGCCCCACUA